UGCUGCUGCUACAAUAUCUUCAUUUUAGGACGAAAUGAGACUCAGCGGCUGGUUGUUUUUAUUCCCAGGCUUUACAUGAACAUGUCGGGAAGCGAUCAGACAGUAUUUGAUGAGGAUGAUAGGAUCUGACGAGGAGAAAGGACGGAAAACACAGCGAUUAUCAUCGUGUUCCGCCGUGAACCGGUGCAGUUUUCAGGCUCCGGUAACAAAGAGCAGAAAGCCUCAGAGAUUUCCAGAAGCUGAACACGAAGAGAAACUAGUCCGCGACGGAGCCGCUUCACUGUCGGCCCGCAGCGCUGCUAAAACACGGAGAUUUCAGCUGCUUUAUGCCGCCGAGAAAACACAAAGAGAAGCCGUCCAUGUUGCUGCGAGGAGCCCCGGACACGGUUGAGUCUCCACGGUUCUCAUGGUGUGUUUAAGUGCAGCGCGCUGCUCCGGGUUUCUCAUUUCUACUCGGACUGUCGUUGAAUCGCCAACAGAAGAUGGCAGAAGUCGCUCCAGCUCCACCGCCCGUCGCCGCUCCGGCCAAAGCGGCCAAGAAGAAGGCCUCCAAGCCCAAGAAGAGCGGCCCCAGCGUCGGCGAGCUGAUCGUGAAAACUGUGGCCGCUUCCAAGGAGCGAGGCGGCGUGUCGGCGGCCGCCCUCAAGAAGGCUCUGGCCGCCGGAGGAUACGAUGUGGACAAAAACAAGGCUAGAGUCAGGACCGCCAUCAAGAGCCUGCUCACCAAGGGAACCCUGGUCCACACCAAGGGUACCGGGGCCUCCGGCUCCUUCAAGAUGGGCAGCAAGGCCGACACCAAGGCGAAGAAGCCCGCGAAGAAACCCGCUGCUAAAGCUAAGAAGCCCGCAGCGGCGCCGGCCAAGAAACCCGCAGCGGCGCCGGCCAAGAAGGCCAAGAAAGUAGCAGCCAAGAAGCCUGCGGCUGCUGCUGCCAAGAAGUCUCCUAAGAAGGCCAAGAAGCCAGCAGCCAUCAAGAAGGCAGCGAAGAGCCCUAAGAAGGCGGUCAAGAAGGCCACUAAGAGCCCUAUGAAGGCAGCAGCUAAGAAAGCUCCAGCGAAGAAGACCGCUAAGCCCAAAGUGAAGAAGGCAGCAGCCAAGAAGUGAACUCCAUCCCUGUCAGACAUCAGCUAAACAAAGGCUCUUUUAAGAGCCAACACUUCAACACAUAAGAGCUCAUUCCGUCACUUUUAACAAACUUUAUCCAUGAAGAGAAAUGCUUCUUUCUGCGAUUACGUUGAGUUAGUAUGAGAGCAUAUUAGGGCCAUUGUAGAUAAAACAAAAUUCAAAUUUUGCUAGAAAACAAAUCUUGAAUAAUUUUUUGUUUUCCAAAGUUAGAAAUGUUCGCCUUUUGCUAAUGAGGGACUUUCCAAAAGUCGAAUUUUUUUUAAAUUUCUGAAAUGUCCGAGUUUUUAAAAAAUAAUUUCUGAGUAAUCUCAAAAUUAGAUUUGUUUUUCUAGCAAAUUUGAGUUUUCAAACAUCGUUAGCAGAAAUGCAUUUAUUCUCUGCUGGUCCUGGUACACUGUUGUAUCUUUCUGUACAUUUUGAAUGUAAUUUACGGGGUGUUUACAGAUGUGUUCGCUCAUUGAGAUUUUCAAUGUUAAAACAUUAAUUUCAUGUUGCUAUGAUGCAUCAUCACUUGAUACUGUUGCAGUUUGGUUUUUUACAAAACGUAAAUUUUUGUUUUGUGGUUUUGUUUUUGAAAGUCACCCAUCACAGUUCAGCAUGUACGAAAGUUUAGUUUAACAUUUUACUUUAAAAUUGGUCCAAAUCACAAAUACUGUAACUUUUUGUCAUUAUGUUGAAGAUUUGCAGCUUCAUUAUUUUUGCUCCACAGUGACGUUUAAAAGAAAAAUGCCAUUAUUCGUUUUCUUUUAAGGACGUUGUUUGAAUUGAAUAUUUUUGUAAUUGCAGUGUAGUUUUACUCCGCUGUUGUAAAUUCAGUCAAACUGAAUGUCGGUUUCAGUUUUCAGCAACAGUUUCUACAUUGUGAAGUUUGGUCUUUUCUUGACGAGUGUUAUAUUUUGUAAUAAAUUAUCAAUUUUGUUCGUAUUACAAA